UCAAACAAUCUCUAGGUUACAUAGCUUCAAAACUGUUGAAGCUAUUUAAUGAAUUACAAAAAGAUGCUAUGGCCUAUAUGGGGCAUCAAACGUUAGGUGACUUCUAUUCCUUUGUCUCCCAUUUUCAAUGUAAUGUUCAUAUCAUUCAUUUCUCUUUCCCCUUUACCUUUAAACUUUAUCCCUGUUCAAGUUCCCUUUAAUCUUCUCUCUCUGUUUCCACCCUUUUUUUUCAGUCCCAAAUCUGACAUAUAUACUUUGUGUAUCCCAAUUAAUACGCCUUCUCAACAAGCCAUCCUUAUUGUCAGGAUCGGGAUUCUACGUAAGAUCGUAACAUUCUAUAAAACUAGCUCAAAAACCUUCAAUUUUUGCAGCUUCGGAAUGGCUUCCAAACCAGUUGUAGUAGCCAAACAGCUCUCGGAACUUCUCCGAGAGCAACAAGAACCCUUUGUCCUAGAAGAGGUCAGCUUUAGCUGCUGGUCUUGCAAUUCCAACAGGUUGUUGAAGAGGUCAGCAACUUCUGGCCUAAAGAGAGGAAGGAAAGUGCUUCCCAACUGUUCCAAGACUGUGAGAGCUUUGUUCAACAAGCUUGUGUCCAUACACAGCCACAGAAUCAAGAAUUCUGUGAGUGGAGAUGGGGAUUUUAGCGUCACUGAGAUCCAGAGCCAGAUGAGCUACCGAGACGGCGAAGAAUCGGAUAGAUUCUCCUCUGCUAGCAGCACGACAGUGUUCGAUUCCUGCUCAGAGAGUGACGCAGAAGAGGCGCCAAAUUCGUCAGAAAGAGAUAACAUAUUGGACACUGCAGACACCUGCCAGUCCUGCAAUAUUGUUCCAAGAGAUCACGAAAACGCGAUAGGAAGCCAAACUAAUGGCUCUCUUUCAGUCCACAAAUCAAUAAACUUGGAUGGUGGUUUAUUAGCUCAUAACAAAAGAAAAAAACACAAAGCCAAAGUAAUGAGACCAGUGGCUUCAUCAACUUCUAAACUUAGAAAGUCCACGAAAGUAGAAGAUGUGGACUUACUUGUCCACACUUCACCUCAGUACCUUAAAUCCAUGAGGGUGUUGCAGCAAAAAAACCAGCUUCUCUUUGACUGUGUGAGGGAGGCAGUGGACGUCACACAUGUAUGGAGGAAGAGAAGGCGGCGACGACGCCUCCGGGAAGUGCUAGGGCCUGAGGAGCUUGGCAAGCUACUUUCUGAGAGUGUAGUGACAUGGAGCAAACAAUCUGAAGAAACCAACACAACCCUACUACUCAACUUUGAUUUCUUUGAUUCAAUUGAAGAAUGGAGUGAUUUUGAAUUCCAUAUUAGGGAAAUUAGUAUGCAGAUUGUAGAUUCCAUUUUAGAUGAUAUAGUCAAUGAGAUUGUUACAGACAUGAUUGAAUUAUGUUAAAACUACUUUAAGAGGUUUAUUAAAUUCAAUCACUUUCUUUAGUGCUCUA